UAUUUUAAAAGCUGACUGAAAAAAGAACCUUUUAAAAAAUCAUAAAUAACUCUGUCUGUACAAAAUAUCUUCACCAAACCGACCGAAGGAUUCAAGUUAUAAAAGAGAAGAUAAAACGUUUUUAUUGUGCGAGUAAAUCUGGCCAAAAUGCGUGCUAAGAUCGUAAUUUCUUUUUUAAUCUGUUUUGUGGCAUUUUGCGACGCGCUUCCGGAGUCUGAAGGCGUCGAGGCGAGAGGGAAGAAAAAGAAAAUCGCGCUUUUUAUAUACUUCGCCGACCUGGUCCUAAAGAAGUUCUUCAUUCUCAAGCUGAUCUACGCCUUCGUGUUCUGGCUGGUCAUCCACAAAGCCGGCUACUUCCUCACCUGGUUCAUCAGCUACCUCAAGGAGGCGAAGAAGGACCACCACGACCAUGUCCACUAUGGGCCCCAUCAUUUUGACGAUGGCCCCAGUUAUGGGCCCAGCUACGGACCCAGUUAUGGGCCUUAUAAGAGGAAGAAUUAUUAGCUAUAAUGUUAGUUGGUUAUAAUUAACGUAAAAGCUACUGUAAAAGGCUGAAUAACGUAAAAGCUACUGGAAAAUCUAGGUUUUACCGGUAAAACCUUAGGCGACGACGAGCGAAGCGAGCAGGAGUGUGUCAGGUUGACUGUGAGCAAACCAGAAACGAGUUUUUUUAUAUUAACUAUAUAUGUUACAGUAACAUUGUUACUGUAAAAGCCCGAAUCGCGCAUCAUAUAAGUGGCACAACUUUUUCGUAGAACUUCCCCAAAACUUUUGGCUCAUACAACAUUUACCGACCGCCGUGGUAAGACUGAGGUUAGAUUUUACCGAUUUGGUCCUAAAUAAGUUCUUCAUCCUCAAGCUGAUCUACGCCUUCGUGUUCUGGCUGGUCAUCCACAAAGCCGGCUACUUCCUCACCUGGUUCGUCAGCUACCUCAAGGAAGCGAAGAAGGACCACCACGACCAUGUCCACUAUGGGCCUCAUCAUUUUGACGACGGCCCCAGUUAUGGGCCCAGCUACGGACCCAGUUAUGGGCCUUAUAAGAGGAAGAAUUAUUAGCUAUAAUGUUAGUUAGUUAUAAUUAAUGUAAGUCCAUCGGAAUAAGUGAAAGCGCAUGUAUGAAUUUCAUAUUAUUUUACCCUACAAUUGAAUAAGGCGUGGGCUAAACCGAACGAACUUUUCGAAUUUUAAGGACUACGAUAUGUCCUUUAUAAAUGAUUAUAAUUAAUAAGUAAGAAUUACUAUUUAUUUAUUUAUUGGGCCGAUAGAUUAAAGUUA